UCAGGCUUAACCCCUGGACUCUCAUCCCUCUGUCUCUUCCUACCAUUGUCCAAGGUUAAUGAUGUGUCCUUGUCAUUCUCCAGAGACAACACCGAAUUUUGGAUCAUCUCCUCGUGGCUUUUUUCUCCACCCCCAUUGGCAUUUUCACAAUUGGCCUGGGCAUUUGUAUUAUUUAUUUCCCUUAAAUCGGCCAUUUUUGUCUUUAUUUCUCUCCUUUGGGGGAUCACAAUUAAUAUAUUCAAGUGAACAAACAAAUGUGAUUCGAUAAUAACCUUACAUUUACGCAACUGUUGAUUGAUUGAUGACAACUACGAGAAAUCAACUUUUCAACUGAAUUAAUGGGGCUUGUUUUGUUGAAGCGUUUUGGCGCCAGUCAUACUACACAUCAGUUAGGGAUGCGCACGCAUGAUAUUAAAAUUCACUAUGCUAUGUAACAAGCUAGCAUCAGCUAUGGCUAGCAUCUAGAUAGUACACUUGGUUAACCUCAAAAUGGCUGGAUCAGUGUCUCGCAUAUUUUUUUGUGCAACAAAAUGUCAUGUCAAGCGACCAUUGGGCCUCAAUUUCAGCCAGACACCCCUGUCAACACAAGCAGAGCCCAGAGUGCAGAAAAUCGAAGAGCCACCAGCCAUGAUAGAUCCCCUAAAACACCCUGACUUUUUUGGAGUUCACGAGUUCUUCACAAUAAAAGACUUGUUUGACGCGCGAGUGCAUUUUGGCCACAAGAUGGGUUCUCUCGACGAGCGGAUGAAGCCCUACAUUUACGGAUCGAGAUUGGGCCACCUUAUCAUUGACCUUGACAAAACAGCGGACCACCUCCGAGCCGCCCUCAACUUCACAGCUCACAUUGCCUUUCGCGGUGGAAUAAUCCUCUUCAUCUCUCGCAAUCCCCAGGUUACGCAUAUGGUUGAAAAAACGGCGAGGGAGUGCAGUGAAUUUGCACACACGAGAUACUGGAAGAACGGAACAUUUACCAAUGCAACGAAAAUCUUCAAGGCUGUUACCAGACUCCCGGACUUGUGCAUCUUCAUCAACACCCAGAAUGACGUUCUCUUCGAGAGUUUUGCUGUACGUGAUUCCGCUAAAAUGUGCAUUCCCAGUGUUGGCAUUGUCGACACCAACUGCAAUCCCAAUCUCAUUACUUAUCCAGUGCCUGGUAAUGAUGACAGCCCAGUCGCCCUCGCUUUGUACUGCAGAUUAUUUAAGGAAGCUAUUUUGAGGGGCAAAGGGGCCAGGGAAAAGUUAUCCAACUUUACCGAAUAGUGUAUUUGUUUAUUAUUCUUUCUUUCUUUCUUUCUUUCUUUCUUUCUUUCUUUAUGUAAAAAAUAUUGUCGUACAAAAAAAAUGAAGAUUUCUCAUCAAGGAAAAGUUGUCCAUCUUUGUUCUUGCCCUAUUUUACAGGCAUUGUAACUUUGUUGUCACGCAGGCGUUGUAAGAAUGCUGGGCCUAAAAGCUCCAGAACCCUGACAAGAUGAAAAAAAUACAUACCUAUAUACCUAUA